AUGACUUCAACAAUCGGCAUCCCUAUUAAGCUCCUCAAUGAGGCGCAGGGCCACAUUGUCACGCUCGAGAUCACGUCCGGCCAGACAUACCGUGGCAAGCUGAUCGAAGGUAACCCCUCGCUGUCCCUUGCGCCUUUGGCGCACGUUGCAUCGAACGAACACCAGACUGACCAGGACAAACCAGCCGAGGACAACAUGAACGUCCAGCUCAAAGACAUCACCGUCACGGCGCGCGACGGCAGAGUCAGCCAUUUGGAGCAGGUCUAUAUCCGAGGCAGCCACGUGCGAUUCUUCAUUGUGCCGGACAUGUUGCGGAACGCGCCCAUGUUCCGAAGUCGCAACGUCCGCGGACGAGGUGUCGGCCUGGCAAGAGGCAGAGCCACAGUCAGCCGGGCAAGGGCCGGUGGCCGCGGCGGCGGAGGAAGAGAAGGAGGCAGAUGA